UGCUGCUCUCCCAGGCAGGAAGUGAGUUUCGCACUGUAAUUCCGGGCGGUGUCACGAGUGAAAAGUUUUUUUUUUCGGCGGAGAUCCUAGUUGGGGCUGGGAAACUCCUGCAAAACUCAAGACCAGGAAAUCAGCCCGCUUCCCAACCCCCACCAAAGCCACCUACUCUUCCUACUGCGGGAGGCCACUCCACAUCCGCUCUCACCAGAGAGAGAAAUUCGGCUGGAUCCGAAGUGACUGAUGAAGGGAAGGAAAUCAUGUCAGGCGAAGCCUUGAAAAAGCUGCCCUGAGACACUGCCCGACCGAAAGAAUGUUGGCUCAAUUAAGAAACAUCAGGGAGAUAAAUUCAACUUAGUGUGUCUAAAAAUGACUACAAAACGAAGUUUGUUUGUGCGGUUGGUACCAUGUCGUUGUCUACGUGGAGAAGAGGAGACUGUCACUACUCUUGAUUAUUCUCAUUGCAGUUUGGAACAGGUUCCCAAAGAGAUUUUUACUUUUGAAAAAACUUUGGAGGAGCUCUAUUUGGAUGCUAAUCAGAUUGAAGAGCUUCCAAAGCAACUUUUUAACUGUCAGUCUCUACACAAGCUGAGUUUGCCUGAUAAUGAUUUAACAGCAUUACCAGCAUCUAUUGCAAAUCUCAUUAAUCUCAGGGAACUGGAUGUCAGCAAGAAUGGAAUACAGGAGUUCCCAGAAAAUAUAAAAAAUUGUAAAGUUUUGACAAUUGUGGAGGCCAGUGUAAAUCCUAUUUCCAAGCUUCCUGACGGGUUUUCUCAGCUGUUGAACCUAACCCAGUUGUACCUGAAUGAUGCUUUCCUUGAGUUCUUGCCAGCUAAUUUUGGCAGAUUAACUAAACUCCAGAUACUAGAACUUAGAGAAAACCAGUUGAAAAUGUUGCCAAAAACCAUGAAUAGACUGACCCAGCUGGAAAGACUGGAUUUGGGAAGUAAUGAAUUCACAGAAGUGCCUGAAGUACUUGAGCAGCUAAGUGGAUUGAAGGAAUUUUGGAUGGAUGGUAAUAGACUGACUUUUAUUCCAGGGUUUAUCGGUGGCUUGAAACAGCUUACUUAUUUGGAUGUUUCUAAAAACAAUAUUGAAAUGAUUGAAGAAGGAAUUUCAGCAUGUGAAAACCUUCAAGACCUCCUAUUAUCAAGCAAUUCACUUCAGCAACUGCCUGAGACUAUUGGUUCACUGAAGAAUGUAACAACUCUUAAAAUAGAUGAAAAUCAGUUAAUGUAUCUACCAGAUUCUAUAGGAGGGUUAAUAUCAAUAGAAGAACUGGAUUGUAGCUUCAAUGAAGUUGAAGCUUUGCCUUCAUCUAUUGGGCAGCUUACUAAUAUAAGAACCUUUGCUGCAGAUCAUAAUUACUUACAACAGUUACCCCCAGAGAUUGGAAGCUGGAAAAAUAUAACUGUGCUGUUUCUCCAUUCCAAUAAACUUGAGACACUUCCAGAGGAAAUGGGUGAUAUGCAAAAAUUAAAAGUCAUUAACUUGAGUGACAACAGAUUAAAGAAUUUGCCCUUUAGCUUUACAAAGCUACAGCAAUUGACUGCUAUGUGGCUCUCCGAUAAUCAGUCCAAACCCCUGAUACCUCUUCAAAAAGAGACUGAUUCAGAGACCCAAAAAAUGGUGCUUACUAACUACAUGUUCCCUCAGCAGCCAAGGACUGAGGAUGUUAUGUUCAUAUCAGAUAAUGAAAGUUUUAACCCUUCAUUAUGGGAGGAACAGAGAAAACAGCGGGCUCAAGUGGCAUUUGAAUGUGAUGAAGACAAAGAUGAGAGAGAGGCACCUCCCAGGGAGGGAAAUUUAAAGAGAUAUCCAACCCCAUACCCAGAUGAACUUAAAAAUAUGGUCAAAACUGUUCAAACCAUUGUACAUAGAUUAAAAGAUGAAGAGAGUAAUGAAGACUCUGGGAAAGAUUUGAAACCUCAUGAAGAUCAGCAAGUUGUAAAUAAUGAUGUGGGUGUAAAGACUUCAGAAAGUACCACUCCAGUAAGAAGCAAGGCUGAUGAAAGAGAAAAGUAUAUGAUAGGAAACUCUAAUCAGAAGACCAGUGAACCUGAAGCUGAGAUCAGUCCUGGGAAUCCACCAGUGACUGCAAAUAUGAAAGCCUCUGAGAACUUGAAGCAUAUUGUUAAUCAUGAUGAUGUUUUUGAGGAAUCUGAAGAACUGUCUUCUGAUGAAGAGAUGAAAAUGGCAGAGAUGCGGCCACCAUUAAUUGAAAGUUCUAUUAACCAACCCAAAGUGGUAGCACUUAGUAAUAACAAAAAAGAUGAUACAAAGGAUACAGAUUCUUUAUCAGAUGAAGUUACACAUAAUAGCAAUCAGAAUAACAGCAACUGUUCUUCUCCAUCUCGGAUGUCUGAUUCAGUUUCUCUAAAUACUGACAGCAGUCAAGAUACCUCACUGUGCUCUCCAGUGAAACAGACUCAUAUUGGUAUUAAUUCCAAAAUCAGGCAAGAAGAUGAAAAUUUUAACAGCCUUUUACAAAAUGGAGAUAUUUUAAAUCAUUCAACAGAGGAAAACUUCAAGGUUCCCGAUAAAAAAGAUUUUAACUUACCUGAAUAUGAGUUGAAUAUUGAAGAGCGAUUAGUUCUUAUUGAGAAAGGUGUUGACUCAACAGCCACAUCUGAUGAAUCUCACAAAUUAGAUCAUAUCAAUAUGAAUCUUAAUAAGCUUGUAAAUGAUGAUACAUUUCAACCUGAGAUAGCAGAAAGAUCAAAGACACAGGAUAUAGUUCUUGGAACAGGCUUUUUAAGCAACAGUGCUAAAGGAGAAGCUGAGCACUUGGAAAAUGGAAAUAAGUACCCUAAUCUUGAAUGCAUAAAUAAGGUGAAUGGACAUUCUGAGGAAACUCCACAGUCUCCUAGGAGGACUGAACCACAUGAUCCCAAUUCUUCUGUUGAUAUGGGUCUUUCCAAGAGCACUGAAGAUCUCUCCCCUCAGAGAAGUGGGCCGAUUGGAUCGGUUGUGAAAUCUCAUAGCAUAACUAAUAUGGAGACCGGAGGGCUAAAAAUCUAUGACAUUCUUAGUGAUAAUGGACCUCAGCAGCCAAGUGCAACAGGUAAAGUAACAUCUAUUGAUGGAAAAAAUAUAGUUAGGAGCAAGUCAGCUACGCUUUUGUGUGAUCAACCAUUGCAGGUAUUUACUGGUUCUUCUUCAUCUUCUGAUUUAAUGUCAGGUACAAAGGCAAUUUUCAAGUUUGAUUCAAAUCAUAAUCCUGAAGAGCCAAAUAUAAUAAGAGGCCCCACAACAAGUGGCCCACAGUCUGCACCUCAAAUAUAUGGUCCUCCACAAUAUAAUAUCCAGUACAGUAGCAGUGCUGCAGUUAAGGACACUUUGUGGCACUCCAAACAAAACCCCCAAAUGGAUCAUGUCAGUUUUCCUCCUCAGCGCCUUCCUAGAUCAGAGAGUACAGAAAAUCACAGUUAUGCUAAACAUUCUGCCAAUAUGAAUUUCUCUAAUCAUAACAACGUCCGAGCUAAUACUGGAUACCAUUUACAUCAGAGACUUGGUCCAGGAAGACAUGGGGAAAUGUGGGCCAUCUCACCAAAUGACCGACUCAUUCCUGGAGCAACUCGAACUACGAUUCAGCGACAGAGUAGUGUGUCCUCCACAGCCUCUGUCAAUCUUGGUGAUCCAGGUCCCACGAGGAGGGCUCAAAUUCCUGAAGGAGAUUAUUUAUCAUACAGAGAGUUACAUUCAGUGGGAAGAACUCCUCCAAUGAUGUCAGGAUCACAGCGACCUCUUUCUGCACGAACAUACAGCAUUGAUGGUCCAAAUGCAUCGAGACCUCAGAGUGCUCGACCCUCUGUUAGUGAAAUACCAGAGAGAACUAUGUCAGUUAGUGAUUUCAAUUAUUCACGGACUAGUCCUUCAAAAAGACCAAAUGCAAGGGUUGGUUCUGAGCAUUCAUUGUUAGAUCCUCCAGGAAAAAGUAAAGUUCCCCAUGAUUGGCGAGAACAAGUUCUACGACACAUUGAGGCCAAAAAAUUAGAAAAGAGCAUGCUGUCAAGGUCCUUUAAUUCCAAUUUUACUGCUGUAAGCAGCUUUCACUAUGGCAGCUCUAGGGAUCUGCAUGGCAGCCAAGGCAGUGUUGCCUUGAGUGUUGCAGACGGAAGAGGUUCUGGUGGGCACAUAUUUCGACAUCCCCAGACAUCCUGUCCAGGAGAUCCUUGUCAAGAUGAUAUAUUCAUUUCAGGACAGCAGAACUACUCGUCAGCUACACUUAGUCACAAAGAUGUUCCUCCAGACAGCUUGAUGAAAAUGCCUUUGAGUAAUGGACAGAUGGGCCAGCCUCUCAGGCCUCAGGCAAAUUAUAGUCAGAUACAUCACCCCUUUCCUCAGGCAUCUGUGGCAAGGCAUCCCUCUAGAGAACAACUAAUUGAUUACUUGAUGCUGAAAGUGGCCCAUCAACCUCCAUACACACAGCCCCAUUGUUCUGCUAGACAAGGCCAUGAACUGGCAAGGCAAGAGAUUCGAGUGAGAAUUGAAAAGGAUCCAGAGCUUGGAUUCAGCAUAUCAGGAGGUGUUGGGGGAAGAGGAAACCCAUUCAGACCUGAUGACGAUGGUAUAUUUGUAACAAGAGUACAGCCUGAAGGACCAGCAUCAAAAUUAUUGCAACCAGGUGAUAAAAUUAUUCAGGCUAAUGGCUACAGUUUUAUCAAUAUCGAACAUGGACAAGCAGUGUCCUUGCUAAAAACUUUCCAGAACACAGUAGAACUCAUCAUUGUACGAGAGGUUUCCUCAUAAGAACUGUGGACUGAAAAACGGGAGAGUCAGCAAGAUUUAUUGGAAGAUACUUGUGGGGGAAAGUAAUAUUUUGACUAUUUUUAUAUAUAAAGAAGAACUCAAAUUAUGUUCAAAUUUGUACAUUAAUGAAGUAAUGGAACUUGUGGUUAGAGGGAAAGAACCACUGUACAGUGUAUAGGGGAUACUAUGAAUUCAUACCAUAUAAAUCUUCUCGUUAGGUUUUUAAACAUAGCAAUCAAGGCUACAGAAACAAACAUGUUGUUUUUGUAUAGAUUGUAGGUUUAUUUUUGGAUUUCAUACACAUGGUUGAACUCUGUGCAAGGCUCUAGUUAGCCUUGGUUGUAGCCCAGAGACAGAUGGCAGAGCUGUCUAUCUCAUAGCUUUUAUGCCUUUGUUUUUAUUCAACUGGUAUUAAUGUUUUUCUGCUGAAAACUACUUUUUUUUAAUGUGGGCAAGAGAUUUGAAGCGUUGGCUUUUGCUAUGUGCAUAUUGAAUUGAAGAGUGAGUAGGUGAAGGUGGUGCUGGUGGGUUCACUUUCCAAGGCCAGAUUAAAACAGUUAUUUCCUAUAAAAAUCUGGAAACAAAGAAAUCGGGGGGG